CUACAUUCAACUCUCCCACAUCAUCACCCAUCGUCUUGAUCUUGUUGACAAGCAUUAAUUCAUUCUCACAGAGACCUCGAUGAACACUUUGAUCAGCUCCUGAUUGUGCAUCCCUUUCUGUCGCCCUCUGAAGGAAGCGUCAGAUCCAUCGUCCCCUCACCAUCCACCCGUGGUUUCACGAUCCUAGCCGUUGCCUUCUUCAACAUGGCGGGCUGGUUUACCUCCGGCACCACUGCUCUCGACGAGCAGAUCGAAAAGGCAACAUCCUCCAGUCUCGAGGAUAUUGCCACCUCUCUCGAAAUCUCCGAUCUCAUCCGUUCCAAAACAGUGCAGCCUAAAGAUGCCAUGAGAUCUCUGAAGAAGCGGAUAGGCAACAAGAAUCCCAAUGUCCAGCUGUCCGCUCUCAAACUCACUGAUACUUGUGUCAAGAACGGCGGUUCACACUUCUUGACUGAGAUCGCCUCUCGCGAAUUCCUUGACAAUCUCGUCUCUCUCCUCAAAGCCUACGGCACCGCUGCAGUCAACGAAGACGUCAAACAGAAGAUCCUCGAUCUGAUUCAGACCUGGGCCAGUGCCACCCAAGGUCGAUACGACUUGUCUUAUAUCAACGAAGUCUACAAAAAUCUGCAGAAAGAAGGAUUCCAAUUCCCCCCAAAGGUUGAGUUAUCUACAAGCAUGCUCGACAGCAGUGCCCCGCCAGAAUGGACGGACUCUGAUGUUUGUAUGCGGUGUAGGACCGCCUUCACCUUUACAAAUCGAAAACAUCACUGCAGGAAUUGUGGCAACGUCUUCGAUCAACAAUGUUCUUCCAAAUCCAUUCCCCUUCCUCAUCUAGGAAUCAUGCAGCCCGUCCGCGUCGAUGACGGAUGUUACGACAAGUUGAACAAAAAAGCUGGCAGUGGGGGUACAGACCGUCGUGUCUCGUUCGCAUCAAAGCCGUCCACAAUGCAGCCUCGCAGUGCCCGCAUCGAGAGUAGCAGUUUUGAUCAAGACCUGAAAAAGGCACUCGAGAUGAGUCUAGAAGAGGCCAAGGGAUCUUCAGGCUCAGGUUAUGUUCCCCAGUCCCAACCGAAGAAGGAUCCAGUCAAGACAAACGGCAUCUCAAAUGAAGAGGAGGAUGACCCCGAUUUGAAGGCUGCCAUAGCCCUCUCUUUGAAGGAAGCUGAGGAACAGGCUAAAAAACAUGCGGCGUCUAUGAAGAAAUCAGCUACCGAUGGCUCUGCUUCCACCCAACCAUUUGUCAUGCCCAAGAAUGAUUAUGAGCUGUCGAUUGUGGAAGCUGAAAACAUCAACUUGUUCUCCACCUUGGUCGAUCGAUUGCAGCACCAACCUCCUGGGACAAUCCUCCGUGAGCCGCAGAUUCAAGAGCUCUAUGAGAGCAUCGGCAAGUUGAGACCCAAAUUGGCGAGAACUCUCGGCGAGACCAUGUCCAAAAAUGACGCCCUACUGGACUUGCAUGCAAAGCUGUCAACCGUCGUCCGUUAUUAUGAUCGCAUGCUGGAAGAACGUCUCAACAACACCUACAACCAGAGGAAUCCAGCUUAUGCUGGCUACGGUCUUCCAUCGCCUUCAAUGCAUCAACCCCAGGGCAUGUAUCCUUCGCUUGCUGGUGGUCCGCCCGCAUCCUUGAGCCAGGCUCCUGCUGGUGCAGAGAACUAUUACUUUAAUACGGCGCCUGUCGAGUCCUACCCUCCUCCACCACAACAAACCUCCUAUCCCCCUCCGCAACGAUCAUAUUCAUAUUCGAGCCAGAAGCAGGAUGCCCCAGCCUCACCCUAUCAACAAUUUGCUCAACCGCCUAGUCAACAGGCAGGUCAAUAUAAUCAGCCAGCAGAACCCUCACCUCAGCAAUAUCAUCAAGCUCCGCCUCAACAGGCCGCAUAUCCACCUCAGCCAUCUCAACAACCAUCGGUUUAUCCGGCUAUCCAGCCUCCUGACCCGCAACAAACGCCAACGCCAUAUAAUCAGCAACGGCAGGAAUCUGCACCAAACCAAACCCCUUAUGAGACUCAGCAACAGCCUCCACACUCUCAACCAUAUCAACAACAUCCCCAACAAAGUACAUACUCGCAGCCACCACAAUCACAAUACGCAUCGCAGCCACCACAGUCACAGCAGCCACCACCACAACAAUACUCCUACCCAACUUACACUCAAGACGCAUUCCCCCCGGCCCCGCAACAUGCCCCGGCCUACAACCAGUCAUAUCAGCAACCGGCACAGCAGCCAAAACCCAUCGCAGUGGAGGAGAGUCUGAUAGAGCUGUAGAAUCUGCGGACUUGUUUGUGAGCAUCAUGAGCAGAGGGAUCACUGCAGAAAAUCCCAAGUACAACCUUGUGCGUUUACUUCGAUUGCCACGGCCAGAAAUCGAGGCAAUGUUUCAUUGUAGGAAUUGAGCACGGAGCAAGCGCACUCAGGAAUGGCGAACAGGGGAGUUUGGUCAUCAGAGGAGUGACAAACCAUUCCAAACAAGGAGAGACCAAUUAUACCAGACCGACCCAAGGAAAUGUGAGAUACCAACGCGCGUUAAGAAUCUAUUCAUUGUUUCACUCAGAUAUCUGACAC